AAAUGAUUUCCCCUAAGAACACCACAAGCUUCAGCGAAUUCCAUUAAAACAACACUCAAACCCUCUUCAAUUCACUCUCCAAAUCUCUCAAUCAUGUCUUGCUGCAGUGGAAAGUGCGGUUGUGGCUCAUCCUGCCAAUGCGGCAGCGGCUGCAACGGAUGUGGAAUGUACCCUGACAUUGAGAAAUCCGCCUCCACCGCCGUGAUCGUUGAUGGCGUUGCCCCCAAACAGAUGUUUGCUGAGGGAAGCGAGAGCAGCUUCGUUGCUGAAGGUGGACAUGCCUGCAAGUGUGGAGACAACUGCAAAUGCAAUCCUUGCAACUGUUGAGGACGAAGGUCAUAUCAGGAUUCCCCAAACAAUCUGCAGUGUUUGAAUUAUGUAUUUACUGUGUUUUAGCUUUUAUGUUUGUGUGCUGAAUAACAAGGAACUAUAUGCCAUUUGAUUUCUUUGAUUUCAAUUUCUGAAUUCUGAUGUGAUUUGGAAAUAUGAAAUUGGGGUUAAGUCUAUGGCUACUUUGUUUGCUUUAUGUGUUAAAAAUCAUCGUUAUGAAAUAUUAAUGGCUCAAUGCUCUUGUUUGGGAAUCAUCAACAA